CUUGAAAUUAUCUGCCCACAAGCUGAUGAAAAGGCCAAACAAUUCCGGUGCCGGGUCGACACGACAGUGUUACCCUGUCAAAAUGCUCGCCCGGUUGUCACGGUUUGGGCCUGCCUUGACCCGUUUUCGCACAAAUCCGGCGUUUGGGGCUCGGUUCGUAUCGCAAUCUCCACCCUCGGGUGCUGCUGGUUCGGCCACUGUGUCGGAUUUGCAGCCUUCACGUGCCAAGGAAAGUCAUGGACACGCAGAGGUCAGCGCGUUCGAGAAGAAUCGAGAUUAUCAUGGGUUCUCUCAGGAUCCUGUCGUUGACGAGUGGAACAUGAGGAUGGCCUUCUUCUUUGGCAUCUCUAUGGCUAUUGUGGUUGGGGGUACCUUCAUCCACUAUUUACCAGACCAUGGUAUGAGGCAGUGGGCCAGGAGGGAAGCAGAAAGGUUGAUCACACAGAGGGAGGCUGCAGGUCUUCCUCUUAUGGAGGAGAACUACUAUGACCCAAGCAAGAUUGUGCUACCAGGAGCCGGAGAGGAGUAGGAUGUACUAUAAGGAGCUGUUCACUGAUAAUGUUUAUUUUUGACUGUUUCUUGUCAGUAAAAUGUAAUAAAUGUCUACCACACCAUUGA